GAUGACUCAGUGAGUUUCCAGGCAGAGUAGGGAUUUGAACCCACGUCUCCUCAAGCAAAGCUUCAACCACACAGGUUAAAUUUUCCUUUUCCUCUCCCUCCAAGGUCGGACAGUUCUUUCAACUUCAUGGUCUUCUUCUUCAUCUUCGGCGCCCAGUUCCUCCUGGCAGUUAUCCAAGCGAUUGGGUUCAGCGGGUGGGGAGCCUGUGGCUGGCUGGCAGCGGUGACUUUUUUCUCGACGAGCACCGGGGCUGCCGUUAUCAUGCUUUUUCCUGCUGUAAUGUUCACUCUGUCGGCCCUUGUGAUGUUCGUCUGUCUCCUUCGGGUCCACCGCCUGUACCGUGGGGGAGGCGGCAGUUUCCAGAAAGCCCAAGACGAGUGGCAUAGCGGCUUGUGGAGGGACCCCCCGAGCCGGGAAGCUCAGUUUAACAACUUUUCCGGGAACAGUCUCCCGGAGUAUCCGACCGUCCCCAGCUACCCUGCCCGAAGCCGUUAACAUGGACCUACCGUUAGAUGCUUUAUUCAGGGUCAUCUCGAAAUGAUGUUGCUGGUACUUUGGGAGGUGGUGUUGGGGGAGAAUAAUCUCCUUUUACCCCUUCCCACCUAGGUGUAGGUGUAGGUGUUUUUGUUUUACAUUUCUCCUUCCAGCAAUUGUUCAAGAUCUAGUUCCUUGACUUAAUCCCAUGUUAUCAGCCUCUUCUCUCCAAGAAAAGGCUGAGAGGGUGGGUGCCAAUAUAUGCCUGAUUCUUUGGCAGAGGACAGGGCCUUCAAUUUCUUCUCACAGCCCCCCUGUGUAUCUCUCUCUCACCUCUCAAGACUUAGAUGGCUUAUACAGAUCAGCAGUCCACUGCCACGUUCCCCCUUUGGGGAGUCAAUUUAACCUCUCUUCCAUCUCCUGACACCCUGUCUUUCUCUGCUUAACUCGCUUGCUUAUGUUCCAGAUGUUUUACUGGUUCUUAGGAAAGGAGAAACCAUAAAUUAUCCAGUAACUAACACAAAUGGCAAGGCACCCAACAGUGAAAUUGUUCUUGGAGUGUAUGUUAGAUUGCCAAGGAGGGAGAAUUGUAUGGUGUGAGUCUUUCCCCCCCUAAUUUAAAAACCUUCUCCCUGCAAGAUGAAAGCUAGCACCUCAGGAAGAAGGGCUUCAGCCUAUCCUGAGGUGCUAGUUGUCCCGUGUGCGAGGAUUCUUAUUUCACAAAGGACUGUUCAGGCAUGAGACUUGGUGCAGGGGGGAAUCCAGUGGCACAGACAAGAAAGUUUGUGGCGCUGCCGUUCGUGGAGAUCUUAAUUGUUCAGGUGAUCUAGUUUUCUAGCUUUGGACAGCUCAGCUGCCCGUGCCAAAUGCCAGUUUUCUUUUCUUGAAAUCUUAGAGAGCUUUUUGGAGCUUCUUUUG